AUGUUCAGUUGAUAUCGUACAUUAAUCGGUAGCGUAGCCAUAUCGCCAUGGGUGCACACUGUGCUCAGGGUGGCAACCUCUAGGCGAGGAGCAGACACAAAAUUUUCAUUUUCAAUCAAAAAUUCUAGUGUUUCCGUUUGGGAAUUUGUUGUUUUGCCCAAAAAGACAAUAUUGCCAUAUUUUCUACACGCAGCGGAUCUCCCGGACUGGAGGAGUCCAUGCUGUAGACGUGCCUCCAGUGUCUUUAAUUGGCACUUUUUGCAACCCCCCAAAAAGUGAGGAGGAGACGGGCACAGGGCAGGAUCAGGAAUCAAAUGGAGAGCGAAAAGAUUCUAAUGGCCGCCGGAGUGACGGUGGCCGCCGUUGUGGGAGCGUUUGUCUUCUGGGGGCCCUCGGGUUCCCGCUUGCGCCAGCGACGCGGUCAAAUCGCCGGACUGCACAACUUUGGGCGCACUUGCUUCCUAAACACCCUGCUCCAGGCUUUGGCGGCCUGUCCGCAGUUCAUCGCCUGGCUGCAGCUGUACAACGGUGCCUCCCCCGACCGCCGGAGCCUGAUUAGCUCGAUGCUGAACACAUUGGAGGUGGUGAACGGCACACAUGCCACGCUGCGCGGUGAUCCCCACUCACCGGGGGCUGUGCUGCGCGCCCUGAACGCGUUGGGCUGGGUGAUACCGCAGGAGGAGCACGAUGCCCACGAGUUGUUCCAUGUUUUGCUCUCCUCCCUAGAGGAGGAGGCCAUACGGCCGCAGCCCCUAGGCUGUUUGUCGGACGCCCUGCCGCUAGGCCCGGGCACGGACAACGAUGACGCGAGUAGCAGCAUUGGCCUGGGAACUGCCACGCCCGUCGGUGGAUUCCGACCCAUAAGCGCCAUGGCUGCCGGACCAAGCGCCAGCCAGCGGGGCAUUGGAGAACAGCCCAAUCGGCCCUCGAGCGCCAUGCUGACCGACUUCCUCAACAUGGAGUAUGACGAAAGCACCAGUCUCACGCGGCUGGUGCGCUCCGAGGCCCACACACCGGAUUCGCCGGCCUCCGUUUGCGAGCGCGAGGGCUCGGAUCGUUUGGGUUCCCUGCUGCUGGAUGCAGUGUCCCCCGGAACGCCGUUUGGCUUUCCGCUGGCCAGCGAAGUGGAUGCUUUGACCACGCCAACGCCUACUCUGGGCGGCGAGCGGCUGUCGCGACCAAGGCAACCGCAAUCCCAGGAAAUGGGCGAGGGCCUUAAUCGUCGGGUGUCCAGCUCGUGCCGGUCGCUGGAGCGCUUGCAUCGUGGCCCAGGCCGUGUAUCCAUCUGGUCGAAUAUGAUGCCCAGCCAGGUGGCGCAUCCCUUCCAGGGCGCCAUGGGCGCCCAGAUCGUUUGCAACGGAUGUGGCUCCAAGUCGGCGGUGCGCUAUGAUAAGUUCGACAGCAUCACAUUGAAUUUGCCGCCGCAACGGCGGAGUGGACAGAGCUUGGGCCACUUGCUCAGCGAUUACAUCACGUCCGAGGAUCUCAGCGACGUCAAGUGCGAUUCCUGCAAUGAGACGACUACGCACACCAAGUCAGUGACGUUUGCCAAGCUGCCGGCAUGCCUGUGCAUUCAUGUGGCGCGCACAGUCUGGCUGCCCACCGGGCAGGUUUGCAAGCGUCAGGACUUUGUUCACUUCCCCGAGAGCCUGUCCAUGGCACCGUAUAGCUUCGUGCAACCGCAUCUCAAUAGUCAGGCUGGCACUCCUUGGGGCUCGACCAUGUCGCUGUUUUCCACCAGCCUGCCGAUGAACAAUGGCCUGGGUGGUGGCGAGGGCUUCGGCACCAUGUUCCCCAAGAACCUGUACCGCCUGCUGGCCGUGGUGGUGCACUCGGGCGAGGCGAACAGCGGUCACUUUGUGACCUAUCGUCGCGGCUCCCUGCGGAAUGCCCAUCGCUGGUUCUACACAUCGGACACCAUUGUGCGGGAGGUGAGCAUCGAUGAGGUGCUCAGCGUGCCGGCAUAUCUGCUCUUUUACGACCGGGGACAGCACCGACAGUUGCCCCUGCGCUAGUCAGCCGGCGGAGGAAGAGAUGCGAACCCGGACGGGGUUCACUAGUCAGCCGGAGAACAAUUGAUGUGAUGGAAUAUCCAAAUCUUAAUCCAUACUCGACACACGUCGGACAGUGGCCAUAGGAGACCGCGCAUCGUAGACGACUUACCCACAUAUAUGUAUAUUGAUAUAUGAACAUAGCUAUAUGUACGGAGCCCGCGAUCUGACGUAUACUCAGCCGAGGACAAUGCAAUGGUCUCUGCAUCCUGCAUGCAUCAUCUCCUCUUCAUUUGUUAUCGAUGCAUUUACGAUUUUCUAAGAAUUAAGAAUUCCAAAUUCAUAAUGUGCUUUUAGCUGUCUGUAUUUAGCAAUUUAUACAUAUAAAUCGACCUAUAAUUGUUUGCGCGUUAUUUCCGUAGGAUAGCUGUUCAAUAAAAAUUUCCGACAAAUA